CUGGAUGCUUGUUGCCAUUCUGAUGGCAAAUGAUGAGACCUGCUACCAUGGAUUUCGGCACCCCUUCUGUGUUUGAUCAGCAAAAAGGUGACUCAUCCGAGGAGGUUGACCUGACCAUGGUUUAUCAGGCAGCGUCACACGGAGAUGUCAACGCUCUGACUGCAGUGAUUCGAGAAGACCCUUCCAUCUUAGAGUGCUGUGACAGCGAAGGAUGCACGCCCUUGAUGCACGCGGUUUCUGGACGUCAGGUGGACACAGUGAAGCUGCUCUUGAAGAUGGGAGCCAACAUUAACACGCAGGACGCUUACGGCCGCACAAGCUUAUGUCUCGCAACAUACCUGGGUUGGCUGGAAGGCUGUGUGAGUCUGCUCAGGAAUGGUGCCAAGCACAACAUCCCGGACAAGAACGGGCGCCUGCCGCUGCACGCCGCCACCGCCGAGCCUGACGCGAGGCUCCUCACGGUCCUGUUGCAGCAGUCAAGCCUCAGCGAGAUCAACCAUCAGGACAAUGAGGGAAUGACCCCGCUCCACUGGGCAGCCUUCCACAACCGGCCUCAACACACGCAGCUGUUGUUGAAGAAGGGGGCAGACCCCACGCUCGUGGACAAAGACUUCAAAACCGCUCUGCACUGGGCGGUCCAGAGCGGAAACAGGAUUCUGUGUUCCAUCAUUCUGAGCCACCCCCAGGGCCCGUCCAUCGUCAACCACGAUGACGAGAGUGGGAGGACCUGUGUGCACAUCGCGGCGGCCGCGGGCUUCAGCGACAUUAUCAGCGAGCUGGCCAGGGUCCCCGAGUGCAACCUGCAGGCCCUGGAUGUGGAUGACAGGACGCCUCUGCACUGGGCUGCGGCUGCAGGAAAGGCAGAGUGUGUCCAGUCUCUGCUGGAGCUGGGCAUGGACAGCAGCCUACGGGACAUCAACGAGAGCACGCCCCUGGCCUACGCCCUGUACUGCGGCCACACGGCCUGCGUCAGACUCCUCUCCCACGACAGCAGAGCAGAGCCCCCUCAACCCCUGCCCCCCCAGAACAGCAGGCCGCAGAAGAAGGAGGGACGUCUCGGCGUGCUCAACCAAAUCUUCUGCAAAAACAAGAAAGAAGAGCACAGAGCUCCCCCGAAGGAGCAGGGCCGGGACCGGCACAGGGGAGAGGACUCCUCGGAAGUCGAUGACAUCAUCACCACCUUCGACAGCAUCGUGGAUACCAACUGCCCAGGGCAGUCUGGCGACCAGGUGGCUGUGGUCGACUUUAAGAAGAGGACCUCUGAGAAUUCAAAAUAUCUCUUGCCGGAAAAGAAACCUCUGGCCUGCAAGGGGCUGCCACCAAUCAGAACACAGAGUCUCCCACCCAUCACCCUGGGCAAUAACUUCCUGACUGCCUCCCAUGGGGCCACUUCCCACACUGGCCUGAGCCCAGGCACUCAGCCGAUGGCCCAGCGAUCUCAGAAAAGCCGAAGCGAACAGGACCUGCUGAAUAACAGAACCGGCUGCCAGGCGGUGCAGGAUGGCCCGUGGGGUGGUGAUUCUAAUCAGGCGUCCUCCUGCAAAGCUUGGACCUUGUCUUCUUCAGAUAAGCUGCUAGACAGACUGCUCACAGCCCGGCCUGGUCACCAGGAGGUCUCGGGGCCACCACAUCUUCCGCAUCGACCCAGUCCGACAGCAGGACAAAAUUUUCAGCAUCUCUCCCCAAACCGACCCAAAAUCAGGGAGCUUCCCUUCACUCGGAACAACCUGGCUCCUCUACCAGACCAAAAAUGGCCAGCACUGUGGUGCAGCGGGUUAACGCUCUGGCCUGAAGCACCGGCAUCCCAUAUGGGCACCAGUUCAAGACCUGGCUGCUCCACUUCCAAUCCAGCUCUCUGCUGUGGCCUGGGAAAGCAGUGGAAGAUGGCCCAAGUCCUUGGGUCCCUGCACCUGCGUAGGAGACCCGGAAGAAGCUCCUGGCUUCAGAUCGGCGCAGCUCUGGCCAAUUGGGGAGUGAACCAUCGGAUGGAAGACCUCUCUCUCUCUCUCUCUCUGCCUCUCCUCCUCUCUGAGUAACUAACAAAUAAAUAAAUAAAUCUAAAAAAAAAGAAAAGAAAAAAAAAGAAUACUCUGGUCAGAAAUUUUUGUGUUUGAACUAUUAAAAAAUAACAGUUUAUUUCUCUAUGUAUCAUUUAAUAACUUUAAGAGGGUGUCUUAAAAAUUCUCCCCUCAGGAGCAAGUUUUUUUUGUUUGUUUGUUUUUUUAGCCUACAGAUUAAGACACCUGAUUCCCAGCUCUGGCUUCGGGACUCCAGCUUCCCGCAAUAAUGGCACAACUAGUUGGGUUUCUGCCACCCACAUGGGAGACCUCGAUUUGGAGCCCAGCUAUUGCAGUCAUUUGGAUGAGCCGUCUCUUCCUGCCUCUCAAAUAAAUUAAUUUUAUUAUUUUUAUUAUUUUUAUUUGAAAGGCAGAGUUACAGAGUGGCAGAAGCAGAGAGAGAGAGAGAGAAUCUUCCAUCCGCUGGUUCAUUCCCCAUAUGAUUACAAUGGCCAGAGCUGUGCAGAACUGAAGCCAGGAGCCAGGAGCUUCUUCUGGGUUUCCCAUGUGGGUGCAGGGACCCAAGGACUUGGGCCAUCUUCUACUGCUUUCCCAGGCCAUAGCAGAGCUGGAUCAGAAGUGGAGCAGCUGGGACUAGAACCAGUGCCCAUAUGGGAUGCUGGCUAUGUCACAGCGCCAGCCCCUAAAAUUUUAUAAAAAUGAACAGUUCUCCUAAGCCUGGCCUCUUGCCUGGUUUCCUUGCCCUGUGGGACAGUCAGAAAUGUGCACUUUCUCCGUGCUCAUGGUGCAGGCCUUCCUGAGCAGGAAGGAGAAGCUGUUUCUCAGGAGUACUUUUGAUAUUAUUGAUUUACUUCAUAAUAUUUUAUACAAAAAACCUCUCAUAAUCAUAAUAUUCAUAUAUUCUGUUGUGCCAGUGAUCUUCAAAUUGAAUGGCCACAAGUAUUACCUGGGGUGCUUGUUACAAGUAUUCUUGGGCCCAAUACCCUGAGAUUCUAAAGUCAUAUAUUCUCACUGAGACAAGGUCUAUGACUAUUGCUAUUAUUCCCAUUGUACAGAUGGGAAAACUGAGUUCAGAAAAGGUUACAUGACUUCUACAACCUUACUUGGCUAGUAAGUAGCAGAGCCAGGGAAAAAAAGUAUAGGAUACUGAGUCAGCUGCCUCAUAAAACAAGCCAGAUUGUCAUUUCUUGUCAUUUCCUGCCACCUUUUUCUUCCUAUUCCACCCACGCAGCUGAUCUGGGAGCUGACCUAACUAUUUCUGACGAGCUCCUUCACCUUUCUGUUUGUGUGUUAUUUCCUUCACUUUGGCUAUUACGGUAGUGCCAGCCCAAUAAGAUUGGGAGAAUUCCGUAAGAGCACACACAUAAAACACUGUGCAUGCUAUUUGGGUAGGGUACAUAGGCUAUAUAUCUGUUCUCUCCCAGUUUAGAGUUGGAAGGGUACCAAGAGAAAAUUCUGGAACUGUGGAGUCUUUUUGCAUAUAGAAAACUACAGUGGGAUGAUUUGUCCAAAAACAGUACCAGAAACCUACACCUCUUCCUGGACGGAAAAGUCCCUCUGCACUCGCUGACUUGUGUGAAAUGACAGUUUUGGAUGGCAGCCUUUUUAUCAGUGAAUCAGUUUCAAGCCUGAAUCUGUGCUUAAGCAGAACUGUAGCCACAAAGGCAUGUGGUUAAGGACAGAGUCACUCGGUCUCGCAUCUUGGUGAGGCUUGGGGAAGCCAAGGACACUUUUCUCUGGCACAGCCUGGGAGCUUUGCUUUUCCUGAUGACGUUGCCUUCCGGGAGAGAAGGGAAGAUAAGGAUCUUUGAUCAACACAGCCCUACUUAAAAGCAAUCCAAGACCACACAGUGCUUUUCCUUUUGCAUCAAAGCCCGGAAUGAAUGUCUUGGGGCUUGUGUAGAGUCUUGUGCUGACUUGACCCAUCCCCAGCUACUCUGCCAGGCAUGCGCGGCCCAGUCGCCUUGCUAUCCAACUUGAUGCAAUCUUGUGUUUGUAGGUCCUUGAGAUUCCUGUCUGCAUGUGAUAAGCCUGAGCAGAUCUGUCUCCACAGGUUUCCUCCAGAGCCCUGCUGUCACCAAGACAAGCCCUUUAGGGUUAGGAAUAGCGCCGCGGACUUGGCGCCAUUCCUCCUGAGGCUCUGCGAGAGGCAGACCUUGAGAGUUUCACUUUCCAUUCU